CGCUAAAAGAGAUUAGAUUAGAGUAGAGUACAACAGUGGUGUUUAUCUUUGCAGAAAGAGGUUGAACUUCUGCCACAAAUGCCGGUGUCCGUCAACAGAAAGUUUUAUGCUCGCCACGGUGAGUGGAGCUUCGUUUCGUCCUCGGUCUACCUCCACAACGACACGGACGACAUCAGCACGUUCCGCACGCUGAUGUUCUCUCUGACGUUCAGACGUCGCUGGCAGUUCUACAGUCAGUACCUGCUACUGCCCAUCAUACUCAACUCGAUUCUCAUGAUCUCCGCCUUUCUCCUGCCCAUAGAUUCCGGCGAGCGGCUCACCUUCUCACUGACGGUCCUACUCGCCUACGUGGUUCUACUCACCAUAGUGACCAACAACCUGCCUCCGAUCUCCACAAGAACAUCCGUGUUACAUAUUUAUCUUUCAAGCCUGAUGGUCCUUGGAACUGUGGUAACUAUUUUUAGCAUUGGGCUUUUAUCACUUCACAACACGGAGGAAACCGACCACAUCUCAUUUGCGUUACAUACGUUUACAAAGUACUUCAUAGCACCUGUAGCAACUUUCAAUCCCUGUCGAAUAAAAAACAGGUUGCAAAAAGAUCCACCCAGUGACGUCACAGUGAGAGAAAACCUGAAUGUACAAAACAUGAUGAUCCAGACUGGAGGUUCUUCAAGUUCAAGGCCGGUGUCACGGUCAUUGUCCAGGCAUAGCGGGUUUAUCGAGGUCAAGAAGUUGUCUUACAGAGAAUUCGCCGUCGUCCUCAAUUCAUUUCUCUUUAGGAUGUCUGUGUUGGGCUUGUGCAUUCUUACGUCCAGUACUCUGAUAUUCUUUUAUGUCCAUAGCUAA